UCAGGCUCCUCCCGCAGCGCGCCGCAGUGACAGCUGAGCCUGGGCUUGCUCGGCGCUGAUUGCCCCGCUCAGUUGGUCUCCGCUCGUAUCGUUGCAGCCAGGGAGCGCCGCCAGGGCCGUAGGGGCUGUUCGGUGUGCCCAUCAUCCCUGAGGGAGGAGGGCUUGGGAGGAACUGGGGAAAGCAACAUGGCUGAUGAUUUUGGUUUCUUCUCGUCCUCGGAGAGCGGGGCAGCCGAGGCCGCCGAAGAGGACCCGGCCGCAGCUUUCCUGGCCCAGCAGGAGAGCGAGAUUGCGGGCAUCGAGAACGAUGAAGGCUUCAGCACGGCCGACGGGGCCGCGGGAGGCGGCCAGGAGGCAGAAGAGAUGUCGGCUGAUUUUGACGGCACUGGGGCCACUGUGAACGGAGAUGUCUUUCAGGAAUCCAAUGGACCCACAGAUGCCUAUGCAGCCAUUGCCAGAGCUGACCGGUUGACACAGGAGCCUGAGAGCAUUCGCAAAUGGCGAGAGGAGCAGAAAAAGAGGCUGCAAGAGCUGGAUGCGGCCUCCAAGGUGCUGGAACAGGAAUGGCGUGAGAAGGCUAAGAAAGAUUUGGAAGAGUGGAACUUGCGGCAGAAUGAGCAGAUGGAGAGGAACCGGGCCAACAACAGGAUUGCUGACAAAGCCUUUUACCAGCAGCCGGAUGCCGAUGUGAUUGGCUACGUAGCCUCGGAGGAAGUCUUUCUGAAGGAGUCCAAGGAAGAGACGCCUGGCACCGAAUGGGAGAAAGUGGCUCAACUCUGUGACUUCAACCCCAAGAGCAGCAAGCAGUCCAAGGAUAUGUCACGCAUGCGCUCAGUGCUGAUCUCUCUCAAACAGACACCCCUGGCCCGCUAGCCUAUCCAAAAAGGGGCUGGGGCUAGGGCCGGGACUGGGGUGAGGAUGCGAAUUGCUCUUUUGCCGGCAGAUUUUGUUCAGCACAACAGGCUUAGAUGGCUACCAGUAGGGGACACAAAAGCAUCCCACCCCUGCCCCUUACUCUCUCCUCCGUAUGUUUGUGUCACUCGGAUUGGGUGGUUGCCUGUACCCCUCUCCCUUGAUUUUACUUUGCUUAAAGGGUGCAUUGGUAUCUUUUUACACAUAUUUAUUAACUGCGUGGUUCCUUGGGCAAUUGCCUUCUUUGGUUUCUCCACCUGCUGCCUUCAGGAAAGGUCACUCCCUAUUUUAGUACUGGGGGCAUUCACAGGCUUCUCUGACCCUAGUGCUGCAGGCCUGACCCCACCCCCCUUAUCCCAUCAAACUUGGCUGGUAGACAAAAUACGGUUCACUUUUCCAAUACUCUGUACCAGACCCAGGAGGCAGCACCAGAUCCGAGCUUAAGGCUGCAAGUAGGAUUCCCUGAGUUGGAGACUCAGCUCUGUUCCUGUUUACCACUUCCUCCAAGUGACAGUGAACGGUGAUUCUCGCAAGCUGCCUGUAGGUAGAGAGUUGGAGCUCAGUCGCGCUUCCGAGUUGGUGCCUGAGAGGUUUGCACAGAUCGAAGAGGAUGUCCUCUGGGGGCACAGAUAGAAGCAGGUCCUCUGGGAGUCGAGGGGGGGAUGUGGAAAGGGAGAGAGGGUCAUGAUGAAAACUGAAGUAAUUCUAAACACUUGGUAUACUGAAAUGGUAAUGGAGUGGCUGAAAAUGAAGUUAUGGAAGAGCCUCAAGGGGGGAAAAUACACAAGUCAUUGCAGUAAGACUUGCUUCCAUUGAAAUGGAAUGCUGUUCCUCCCUACCACAAGUUAUUCCUGAAUCAAAAGACUGUUUUGGUUUAGGGGAAGAAUACAAGAAGGUAACCUGAUCAUUUCCUUCAUGUUCAUUCUCUCAGACACACAUGCACACACACCCCUCUUAAGGCAGGUUAUUCUGUAUUUAUUUAGGAAACACUAAGCACAGGGACAUGAUAUGGGAUUAAUUAGAUUUUCUUUUUGAGAUCAUUAAUUUCAGUUUGUGUGCUUCGAAGAGAUGAUAGGGGAAAGGAAGGAAUUUGUCGACUUGAGAUGAUUCCCCACUGAGAACUGUACGCAUCUUUUAGGGUAAACCCAAGUCAAUUACUAUCACCACCCAUAGUACGUUAACUGUACUUCAGAAUGCACUCCUUGGCAUGUUUACUUGGAAUUAAGUGCCACAGUGUAUUCAACAGGGCUUUCUCCCAUAUAAGUAUGCACAGGUUUGCAGUCUUAGGCACUUCAUCAGUGCAAUACUACUACACCCAUCUACUCAGAAGUCCCAUUGAGUUCAAUGACGUUUACUCCUAAAUAAGUGGGAAUAGGAUUUCAUUUGACAACUUUGUUUGGGAGGCUGUAUGUCCCCUCUAAAUAUUCAGAGAUUUACUGCUCUUGUAAUGCUGCAGCUGCUGUUCUUGUUGCUGUUAGGUUUCCCCAGCCCAGCUAACAAGCAGGAAACAGGAAAAUGUGGAGCUAAAAUUCCACUGAGAGGAGCGCACUCCCCUGGUGCUGUGAGAAGAGUAGGUGAUGAUUUUUCUUGUAUUUGUUCCCUUCCACACUGCUGGCCUGUAUCUCAGGCUCCUGCAUUCUCCUCCUCUGUACCUGGAGAGGAACCAUCAGAUCGCUCCAGUUUCUCCUUUGACUGUAUGUUCUGCUGCGAAGGGCUGUUUGGCUCUCCUAAUGAAGGUUUUUUACCUUGAGUGAAUGUAGAGGUGGUAGACCUAAUAACAGAAAAGAGUUAAGAGCACAAUGGCCACACAAUGAAUGUAAGACACCUAGGAAAGUACGUAUUUUGGAGACCCAGGAAAAUAUGGCCAUUUGGGGAGAUCUGGGCUGCCUGCCGAGUCUUUCAUGCAUUUGGGUUGAAGCAUAUGAGCCCAUGGAAACAGCUGAAAGUACAGCAUACGUGGAUUAUCUGAGUUCACCUCUUUACUUGGUUUGGCUUUGCAGGGAGUUGAUUUUGUGAUUCACUUAUGUCCAUGUGUAUUGUUGAAUGCAUUAAGGUCCUUAUGCAGUAACCUAACCAUAUCAUUUUUGCACAGUGGAGCAUUUGUGAGAAAGAGAUCCACAUAAUUCUUGUUGUGGAAAUUCUGAAGUUCUUGCUCAUUUCUUUCAAGCAGUUUCUCUGAUAUGUAACUUUUGAACUUUCUGCAUGUGGGGUGUCACAUCAGUGCCUCACUCUUCAAAAAUGGUGUUAUAAAAAUCAUCCAAUGAAGACUUUACUAUGUUCAAAAUGGGGUUGUAUGAGCCUUGGCAUCUUCCAGAAAAAGGGAUAGGUGUUUCCCAUAAGGAGAAGCAUCUCCUUCAGAUAAGAUGCUCAAUAAGGUUCAUGUUUUUUGCUAAUCUGGAGCCCCAAAGCUUUGGAAACAAAUCCUAUGAGUGCAACAGCCUUGUAGGAUGUAGGGAGCCUUGCGGUAUAUACGGCUCAAAAACAAACAAAUGAAAAAACCCUGGCAGAUCUUUCCCCAGUAUGUCCUGGGACCUAUGCCCUGUUGCCAAAAGGUGCUUUGAUUUGAAAUGCAAUGUUUGCAACAAUUGCAUUUCAGCUAUUUGUUUUGAGCUGUUGUCGCUAGUUAACAAAAGUACAGAGAAAACUUAUUUUCACAGGAGUUCUUUUUUAGAGAUGUUUCCUCUGGAUAUUUGUUACUUCUUCAGAGGCCCAGGUAGGGGGCGAACAAUCCACAUUCAGGUCUAUCUGAAGAGAUAGAGACAAAGAAGGGCCCUACAGUGAUAUGAGGGACAGAUUCCAGAUUGGUGGCAGCUGCCUCUUCCAUCAUCAGCUACAGAGAAGUUCAUAGUAUAGACGAGACAACCAGGCCACCAUCUGGAAGCAAUGGUGGUCUGACCAUUCAUCACAACUGUUGGCUAGGUUUGCUUUGUACCCAAGGACAGAUAUUUGCACUGGAGUCCAGUAGCAAGACACACUGUGCUUGGAAUCACCCAAUCAACCCACAAUUCCACUACCACUUCAACUUGAAUCCCAAGAGGCAGCAGCAGUAAGCUGGGGUGGCACUUGAGGGAGGUGGGAGCUCUGCCUGCAGCUGUCCUGUCCCCCCAGCUUUACAAUCUGUCUGUUGAACCACUUAUCAAUAAACUGCCACUACUGCA